AUGGCAGACCCUGCUUCUGAGAUCACGAUGGGGGCGCUCAGUGCAAUUUUCGACGACUCAAAGCCCAAGGUAGCGGAACCUGUAGUUCAAUGUGUUCAAGUUAAACCAUUGCCUCCUCAGCCAAACAGCCCGGAAAGAUUCAGGGCGGUUUUCAGUGACAUCUCAAACUAUGUGCAAACGAUGCUUGCAACCCAGGCCAACCAUUAUGUCACAAGCGGACAAUUAGUUCGCGGUUGCUUCGUUCGCUUGAAGUCAUUUCAAGCUAAUUUGGUUAAGGGGAAAAGAAUCUUGAUUGUUCUUGACCUCGAAGUCUUGGACAGAUUGGGUGUGUGUGAGAAAAAGAUUGGUGAACCUCAGCCACUUGACAUGAAGCAAGAGGAGCAGGAUAAAUCUCUUCCAACAACGAUUUCCACCAACGGUUUCUAUGGCUCCCGUGCGCCGCAGCAAGCACCACAACAGUCAGCACAGCGAUCCUCAGCGAGCACCACCGCCUAUGCCAAUAUAUAUCCCAUUGAAGCACUGUCUCCCUAUUCACAUAAAUGGACUAUAAAAGCCCGCUGUACGAACAAAUCAGAAAUCAAAACCUGGCACAAUAAAAAUGGAGAGGGUAGACUUUUUAGCGUCAAUCUAUUAGAUGAUAGCGGAGAAAUUCGUGCUACGGCUUUCAAGGACCAAUGUGACGCACUCUAUGGAGUUUUUGAGGAAGGCUCCGUAUAUUACAUAUCCAGCCCAUGUCGUGUGCAAAUAGCCAAGAAAGCGUUUACCAACCUCAAUAACGAAUAUGAACUCACUUUUGAAAAGGAUACGGUCGUUGAAAAGGCUGAAGAACAAAAUGAUGUUCCCCAAAUUCGAUUCAAUUUCACCAAUAUUGCCAAUUUACAGACGAUUGAACCAGGCACCACUAUCGAUGUAAUUGGCGUGCUGAAAGAUGUUGGAGAAGCCUCUCAGAUCCUUUCCAAGACAACUAGCAAGCCUUAUGACAAGCGUGACCUUACCCUAGUUGAUAACACGGGUUAUUCAGUUCGCCUUACCGUGUGGGGCAACGCUGCAAAGGAUUUUGACUCCAUGCCUGAAUCUGUGGUCGCAUUCAAGGGUGUGAAAGUUUCCGAUUUUGGUGGGAGAUCUCUUAGUUUGCUGAGUUCCGGCUCCAUGACAGUUGAUCCCGACAUUGAAGACGCUCAUAAGUUAAAGGGCUGGUAUGAGGCCCAAGGAAGGUCGGAAACCUUUGCAUCCCAUGAGUCAAUAAGCGGCGCGGUCGGCGCCGGUGACCGACGGGCAAACUCAUUCAAAACCAUUGCGCAAGUUCAAGAAGAGAACUUGGGAAUGUCAGAAAAGCCAGAUUAUUUCUCUUUGAAAGCCACCGUGGUUUAUGUCAAGCAAGACACCAUGGCUUACCCUGCUUGCCUCACUGACAAAUGCAACAAGAAAGUCCUCCAGGAUGAAACUGGCCGGUGGCGCUGUGAGCGAUGCGACCAAUCGUUCCCUCGGCCAGAAUAUCGUUAUAUCUUAUCCGUGAAUGUCUGCGAUCAUACAGGUGCCCUGUGGCUUAGUUGUUUCGACGAAGUUGGCAAAGCACUACUAGGAAUAUCUGCAAAUGAAAUCAUGGAGCUUAAGGACAAUGAUGAGAGGGCUCAUGAGGAACUUGUCCAGAAAGCCAACUGUCGCGCUUGGAAUUUUAAUUGCAGGGCCAAAAUGGAUAGCUUUCAGGAGCAGCAGCGUGUCCGGUACCAAGUAUCGUCUGUUAGUCCGAUUGAUUAUACCACGGAAUCUGUUCGCCUCGCAGAAUUGAUAAAAUCAUACCAGAUUGGCUAA